AUGUACGUUUCGUCUCGCCAAAACUCUUUCUUGAAGCCAAUGUUGACGCGGGAAAAUGUGAUUGACCCUCAGACUUUGAAUGACGCGUGGGAAUUCGUUGAAGACAACGGCUUCGCUGGCCAAGUCUUUAAUCGCCACCUACAGCUCGAGGGUACCCAUCCGGGAUCCUCCAGUGUCACCCCGGAGCGUGCCUCCAUUCUGUGCAAUCGUUGUCAGCGACUGGACUUCUGGGUCGUUGGCUUUGCCAUCCGCGACACUUUGUCCGCUUUGGAGGCCAAUUGGAACAUCUGCGAGCUUUGCCGUCUUCUUCACGAUUCCUGGCGGCGUUUUGGCACAGCGGACUCCGUCGAGUUUCGUCGUGUCGGCUCCGUCCUCGCAAUACGGGGCUCAGAAGCACCGGCCCUGUCCAUUUACAGGACCAACUUGAACGACUCGGGUGGUCUUUCUAAUCCGCCCAAAGACAUCCAAAUCGGAUUCCCCAAGCUGCCCGACAUCGGCUGCCCUACACAUGUUGAGAUCCUCCGCCAGUGGCUCCAAGACUGCGAUAAGAACCACGCUAUGUGCUGCUCCGACAACAAUCCUGGGUCGUAUCCUGCGAGGACGCCAACCAGACUCAUCGACGUCGGCCCAAAGGGCCAGGAGACGGUACGGUUGCUCGAGACAAGAUCUUCCCAGCAAGGCGAAGAUCCUAGUAAGCCCGCCGGAUUCGAAUACAUCGCGCUGUCACACCCAUGGGGCGACAGAGCUCUCCACCAACACUUUUGCACCACCCGGGACAACAUCCACGACCACAUGAACCGGAUCUCUGAUGACAGCCUCCCGGCCACUUUCAAGGACGCCAUCAGGGUCACGCGGGAUCUCAACGUUCGCUACCUUUGGAUAGACUCCUUGUGUAUCGUGCAGGGCGAGGACGGCGAUUUCGAGGACGAGGCCCAGCACAUGGAGACGGUCUUUAGUUCCGCCCUUUGCGUCAUCGCCGCAAAUAGCGCCACCGGAACGUCGGAUGGCUUUUUGAAGCAGAGGCCGGACCGGACGGUAGUUGUGGUCGCGAGACCCUCAGAAAGUCCAUUCUAUAUCUGCGAAGCCAUCGACGACUUCCAGCGCGACGUGGUGGAGGGCGCGUUGAGCAAAAGGGGCUGGGUCUUGCAAGAGCGAGCCCUGGCCCGGCGGACCAUAUACUUCACCAGCCGGCAGGUAUACUGGGAGUGCGGCGAGGGCAUCCGUUGCGAGACACUGACAAGGAUGAGGAACAGCCAGGCGGCGUUCCUAGGCGACGCCAGAUUCCCCAACGUGGCCACCGGCUCCUCCAAAGGCGGCCAGAUCCGGCUGUACGAGUCCCUGUACACGCGCUACUCGCGGCUGCAGUUCUCCGACAUCCGCGACAGACCCAUCGCCAUUGCCGGGCUGGAGCAGCGUCUCAUCCGUGCCUUCAACACGAAGGGGGGAUACGGUGUCUUCGAGCGCUACUUUGGCCGGGGCCUGCUGUGGCGGCGAGACCCGGACGACCUGCAGACGGCCUUGGAGAGAAUCGACUUCGCGCCUACGCACCGACAGCAGCAGCAGCGGCUCCGCUCGUUCCGCGUGCCCUCGUGGUCUUGGAUGGCGUACAAAGGCUCCAUCACCUUCAUGGACCUGCCGUUUGAUGCCGUGCUCUGGGAGACGAACGACAUCAAGUCGCCUUGGUACUACCCCCCGCGUAACGGAUCGGACAAGUCCUGGCUUUCCACCAGCUCCGACGGCGGCCAGGCCGAGCUCGUGGGCGUGGCGAGAGACUUUGUUGAACUUGUUCGCGACGACGGGCGUAUCAUCUACGACGGAGGCGAGCGGCCGCGGGAUGUAGCGCUCAAGUGCGUCGUGGUCGGGAGGCGCAAGUCGGAGGUGGUGGCCGAGUCGUACGUGCUCGUUGUUGCUCCAAAACCGCAUGGCGAAGUUGAUGCCGCAUACGAACGGGUGGGUGUUGGGGCUAUUCCCGGGAGUUGGAUUGUGACGGGUCAACCUGGGCUGGAGGUCCGGAUCGUCUAG